UAAAUUAGUAGCUCACUUUUCAUUAUUUCAGAAUUAGAGAAAAAUAUUUUAUAAUUUAAGAAAUAAAUUUUGAAAUGUAUUGAGAAACGAUGAACAUAAUUUUGUCGCACCCAAAUGAAAUUGAAUUGUUGUUAUAUUGAAAAUAAAAAGAUUUUUUUUAAAUUAUAAUAAUUUAUAAUUAUAAUACAAAUAAUUUAAAGAAUACUGAUUAAAUUUUAAUUUGGUAUACUUAUUUAGCCCCAAAAAUAAUAUAAAAGAAAAAAGGAAAAAUCGAAGACACGACGUCGUAUGGGGCUAUCCAUAUAAACUACGUUAUCUAUUUUAGAGGGGUGUGGGGGUCAAAAAAUCUUUAAAAAUACAUUUGACACAAAGGUAACAAGGGUGAAAGAGGGUCUAAAAAGAAUGAAAAAUUGGUAAAAUAGUUUAUGUGCAUUUGGGCACAACUAAUAUAUUUUUGCAUAUAUAACACCUUGUCCGAUGAGGUCCCGAUAUAGUCUCAAUCGCGUGAGGUGUUUCAACACAAUUUGAGACCAGAUUUGUCAAUAUGUACUGAUGUAUAAUUAUAUACAUAUUUAAAAUGUGAUUGAAUCUGAUUCAACCCAUUUCGGGAAACAUUUUAUUAAAUCCAAUUGAAAUGAAUUCAGUUAUGGCAAAUUCAAUAUGUUUCUGAAAUGGGUCAAUUGCUUUUAAUCGUUUUCUAUUGAUUUUUUUUAAGGAACUAGUUUAUAAUAUUAGACAGAUAUACAUAUAAUUGAACACAUGCGCUGUAAAAUAUCCUAUAACACAAAUGCAACAAUGGCGCGUCGCGCCUGUGUCAAUCGACCUAUCACUACAUGUACGUGCGCGCGACCUCUCGACCUGUACCAUGUCUCUGAAAAUUUUUUAUAUUAUGUAAUUUGUCCAAAUAUUAGAUCAGAUUUACUAUUUUUUAUUUAUAUAAAGAAGAAAGUUUAUGAAAUCAAUUCUUCUUAAUCUACAAGUAUUUAACAAAUUUUGCCAAACACAUAAAAACGCAUAUACUUAUUUACCUGCAUGGUAUAUAGAAAACAUAAAAGUUGUAAAAGGGCUUUCGGAGAUAUUACAUGUAAUGAAAGAAAACUUCAAAUGACUGAGAUUUGUCAUUCUGCAAAAGUAUGUCCAGAAAUAGAAGCUUCUGGUGAGGCAGUUAAUGGGAAAUGAAUAUAUGGAUUUGCAUUAUUUGAUAUAUGUAUAGAUCAUUUCUUACUUACGCAUUGACAUUGCUCAUGUUGCUGGACGAAAGCUGUACUGACAGAUGAUAUAGACAUGUAUAAAUUAUUACGACGUAAUAAAGCCCGUUUGUUCAUCAUAUGUACAAUCUUCGUUUCUUUGCUACUAUGUCUAUAUUAUGUCAGUCAAAUUCAAGUACCAACUUCCAGUCCGGCAGGUCAUUCUUUAGAGACUGAAUUUAUACAACAUUUGCAAGAAAAUAUAACAUCAUCAUUAUAUACGUGUCCUGUUAUUAGACCCAGAAAAGCAGAUAUUGAUGUCCAGGAAGAGUUUAAAAAAUUCGAUUUUCAGCCAUCAUGGAUGAGAAGUCGUGAAUAUUGGGACGAUAGUUUUGAGGCUCGAUAUGCUGAACAAAAAAAAAAUCCUACUAGGCCACCCUUAAAGGUCAUUCUUGUACCACACAGUCAUACUGAUCCAGGAUGGUUGAAAACUUUUGAGCAGUAUUUUCAUGGCACUACCAGGGGAAUUUUGAACAAUAUGGUUUCGAAACUUCAGCAGUGGCCAAAUAUGACUUUUAUUUGGAGCGAAGUAUCAUUUCUAUCACUUUGGUGGGAAAGUGCUCAUCCAACAAAAAAAGCAAUUGUUAAGAGGCUAAUAAAAGAAGGCCGUCUGGAGGUUACAACUGGAGGUUGGGUUAUGUCUGAUGAAGCAACAUCUCAUAUUUAUGCUAUGCUUGAUCAAUUAAUUGAAGGUCACCAAUGGUUAAAAACGAAUUUAGAUAUAAUACCAGAAUCAGGAUGGGCAGUUGAUCCCUUUGGUCAUGGUGGCACCAUUCCCUAUUUUUUAAAGGCAUCUGGUGUGACGGGAACAGUUAUUCAAAGGAUUCAUUAUGCUUGGAAGCAAUGGUUUGCUAAAAAACAAUUUGGUGAUUUUAUUUGGCAGCAACCAUGGGAUCAGGAUGGAAUAGCUGAUAUUUUGACACAUAAUCAGCCUUUUGACAUAUACAAUAUUAAACAUUCUUGUGGACCUCAUCCUCAUGUUUGUCUAAAUUUUGAUUUUCGCAAAAUUCGUGGUGAAUAUACAGAAUAUUCUGUUAGAGCAGUAGACAUCACAUCAAAUAACGUUAAAACAAUGGCGGAAAUGCUAUUGGAACAAUACUCAAAGACUGGUUCUUUAUUUCCUCACAAUGUUGUUUUGAUGCCCUUGGGUGAUGAUUUUAGAUACGAUUAUGCAAUAGAAUGGGACCAACAAUAUACCAACUACAAGAUUCUUAUAGAUUAUAUUAACAGCAAAAAAAAUGAAUACAAUGCGCAAGUUGUAUUUGGUACUCCAAAAGAUUACUUUCGAGAGAUAAAAAAACGAAUGAAGCACUUUCCGACUUUAAGUGGAGAUUUCUUUGUAUACUCUGAUAUUUUUAGUGAAGGCAGACCUGCUUACUGGAGUGGUUACUUUACUACAAGACCCUAUAUGAAAAUUUUAGAUCGAGAACUUGAAAGUAAUUUGCGAUCUGCUGAAAUCCUCUAUACUAUAGCAUUGAAUACGGCAAAAAAAUCUAUACAAGAAGAAAAAAAAGACAGGGGGGGUGAUCUCAAACUAUAUGAAGCUUGGUUUGAAAAAUUGGUUAAAGCCAGACGGAAUUUAGGACUUUUUCAACAUCAUGAUGCAAUAACUGGUACUUCAAAAUCCUUUGUUAUGAAAGAUUAUGCUCUCAAGUUGUUUGAAUCAAUUACCGACAUGACAAAUUUACAAAGCUUUGCAAUUCAAUCAUUAACUUCUACGCCUGCAAUAGCUUCAGUUGAUUCGACUAGAAUCAAUUAUGUAUUGUCUGAAUCUGAUAGAGAUAGUUAUGAAAAACUGCCGAAAAAAAUUCCUAUUAAUGUUGAAGGAUCAAACAAUAAAAGAAUUAUUUUAUUCAAUUCCCUUGUUCAAAAUAGACAGGAAGUAAUUAGUCUGAAAGUUACUUCAUGUAAAAUAAAAGUUUUAGAUCCAUACAAAAAUUCAAUUUCUUAUCAAAUUGCUCCAGUCAUGAAUGCAACUGGCAUAACUCAUGACGUAUUUAUACUUUUAUUCGUAGCUAAUUUGAAACCACUUUCUAUUGCUACAUACUAUAUAUAUGAAAUUGACAAAAUUCCGAGAGAAGCAAUCUCUACUGUUUAUUGCAAUAGGUGUAAUAAGGAUAUUUUAUUUCCAAUAAAGCCUAUUCAACCUAGUGAUGUACAAUUAGAAAACGAAAAAAUAAAACUCAUUUUUGAUAGACAAAGUGGAUUUUUAAAGCAGAUAACGAAAAAAUCGACCAAUACAAUUAUGCAAUGUUCUAUUCAAUUUGCUGCAUAUUCCUCUGCUCAAUUUCAUAGUGGAGCAUAUCUUUUUAUGCCAGAUCCAAAUCUUAGAGAUACAGAUAAAGACAUACUUGAAUCAUCGCACCAAAAAAUGUAUAUUGUCUCUGGUAAUAUUAGCUCGCGUUUAACAGUUGAAUAUGGAAAGUUGUUGACCCAUCAUGUUGCCAUUUAUCAUCACCACAGUUAUCUUUCUGAGGCUAUCCAUCUUAGAAAUAUAGUAGACUUUGAAACACCUCCGAAAAAUCGUGAAACAGAAAUGUUUAUGAGGUUACAAACAGAUAUUCUCAAUGGAGAUCCUCCAGAGUUUUAUACUGAUUUAAACGGACAUCAAAUGAUAAAGAGAACGAAAAUUGAAAGAAUCGGUAUAGAAGGUAAUUAUUUUCCUAUUACAACAAUGGCAUACAUACAAGAUAAUACACAUAGAUUAACGUUACUCGUUAAUCAUGCUCAAGGAGCAGCAAGUUAUCAACCAGGUUGGCUGGAAGUUAUGUUAGAUCGAAGAACUCUACACGAUGAUUCAAGAGGAAUGGGUGAGGGCUUAUUGGAUAAUAAAAAAACUGUAAUUAAACAUUGGUUACUUUUUGAAAAUAUUGCUAAAAGCGUUGAUAACGGCGGUGACAAAUAUUCAAAACCAUCUUUAAUCGCCAAUCAUCUAAGCAAUUCGCUGAAUUAUCCUGUCAACAUUUUUGUUGUAGAACUUGCAACAGCUGCCCUAAAUCAGAUAGCAUCUGAAACAAGAUUAGUCAGUCAAAGUUUUCCAUGUGAUGUUCACUUAUUAAAUUUAAGGACUGAUCAUGAUUCAAAGCUUCCUUAUUUUCCUGAAAAUAGUGCUCUUUUAGUACUUCACAGACAAGGAUAUAGCUGUUUGGUUGGUACAACUCUAAACAAUUGUCCCUUGCUCAAUUCCGAAGAAGAUGCUAACUUUAAGCAAGACAUUUUUUUCACAAAAUCUGUAGGUAAACUUAACAUUACAAAAACCUCAUUAACUGGUACUAAAACCGAAAGACAUCUAAGAAAUGGUUUUCAGGAAAUUUUUCUCAAGCCUAUGGAAGUUCAAACUUACAAAAUUAACUUUUUACGGUGAAUUUCAUGCCAUUCUUUGUAAUUUUCAUACAAGGAUAUUACUAUUUUUUUUUAAUCUUUUAUUUUUUAAUAGUUUAUUGAUUAAAAUUUUUUUUUAAUUUUCUUUAUAAUCUUCUGUAUAUUUCUCAUAUUAUUUAUUAUUAUUAUAUUAAAAAGUUAGCAUAUGCAAAACACAACUGAUAUGCGUGUUUGUUCUGGGUAUUGUUAUGUGACAGUGCUAACGAGAAGAAAUGUUAUAAAUCUUUAUUGUAUAAAAUUGCAGAAUAUUCAGAAAAUUUUUUCUCUAAAUUAUUCAAAUUAUAGCGAUAGUUUUUGCACGAAACUUGUGACAAAGUAAAGUAUUUGAAAAAUUCUACACUCAAUUUUUAUGUAAGUUGGCAAUGCAAAGUUGCCAUAUAUGAGACAUUUUUCGCAAAUUAGAUGCAUUUUUGUAGUGCAAAUUUUCUGAAAAAAGCCUGUCAUUUAACAGAUGCCUUAAUUAUAUAUAGAAUAUUUUUUACGGAAAAUGUUGAAGACUUUUUAAAAGUAUUAGUAGUUUUAAUUUAAAUAAAUAUUUAUUAUUUGUUAUCCAAGUAUUUAAAAAAAAUAUUUGUCGUGUAAAUAUAUUCAACUUUUUUCAUUGUUUCAAUAGUGUCCUGUAAAAGAAGCAUUAUAUAAUGCUGCCUGUAGAAUAGUAUUAUGAAUUAUAAUUUCCCAUUCCAACACAACACCUAAUCUUUGAAUAGUAAUAUUUUCAACACUGUAUCAAUAUUCUAAUAUUUCAUCAAUAUGUGAUAUGGGGGUGGAAAUGUAUAAGAGUAUGACUGUGCAAAUUCAAAAGAUUUAAUUCAAUACUAAUGUACAGGAAAAAUUUCAGGUACAACAGAUGUGCUAACCGCAGUACAUCAAUGUAUGUAUAUAUUAGUGCUAACACUAUAAAAAGAAAAUUAAAGCUGAUUUCAGAUAUCAAAAGAAAAAUUAAUAAAAUUCUAAAUGAACAAUUUCUUUUUACAGUGAAAUGCCAAUUUCAUUCAUAUGUAUAAUAUUCAUGUACAGUGCAUAUACAUAUAUAUUGCUUAAGUAUAAUACUCAAACUUUCAAUUUCAUA